GGGUGCAGCGGGCGGGGCGCGGGGGCUGCGCUGCAGGCAGGCGCGGAGGGAGCGGGCGAGGACGCGGCCGGCCAUGGCGUGGCCCUGCAUCAGCCGCGUGUGCUGCCUGGCGCGCCGCUGGAACCAGCUGGACCGCUCGGACGUGGCCGUGCCGCUGACGGUGCACAGUUACUCGGACAUCGAGGACCCCCCUCCGCCCCCGGGGCCUCCCCCUGGGGCCCCCGCGCCCGGGCCCCCCGGCUCCCCCGGCCCGCCGCUCACCCAGUACCAGCGAGACUUCGGCGCCCCGCGCCGGGACCCGCAGCCCUGGCCCCGGCCCGGCCCCGGCCCCGGCGCCGGAGGGGGCCGCCGGGAGCGCGACAGGGAGCCCCCGGCGGCCCCCAGCGUCUACGUGCUCCCGGGGAGCGGCGGACUGGAGGCCGGCGACGGGGACCCCGGCUUCCUGAGGCUCCGCGCCCCCGCCGACGCCGCUCCCCUGCCGGUCACUACGUCCUACAGACAGGAAUAUCGACCCUGGCCUGGCACCAAGCCUUCACGACCCGUAAAGAACAAACCAACCUCUAUCAUCGUGACUGACUAUAGCGUGAAGGAGAGCAGCUACCGGGCUGACUUCAAGGUCCCAGAAGGGAGGAGAAAGUUCUCGCCGAACCCUUCUGCUGUCUUCCAGGCCUCACCCGCUCCCAUUCUGCACGUGUGACCAUCCACACCUGCCCGGUCUGCUGGCAGGAGGGGCAGAGGUGGCAAAGAGGAGAAGUGUGCUUAUGCCAGCUGGGGUGGGUCAGCAGGGGGCAGCCCCUGGCUCUUGGCCUGGGAGGCUCCAAUGGUCACAGUGGCCACAGCACACCUGUCUAUGCCAGCGCAUGCUCACACUGUUGGGAACACCCCUGGCUUUCCCAGGACCAGGCUCACAGCUCGGUGGCCAGGAUUUCUGCUCAUAACUGCCCAGACCUCCUUAUGGGCAGAAUAGGUGGCCCAAGAAUAUCGCACAGAACACAGGGAAGAAAAUGCCCCCAAAGGCCUUGUUCUCCAGUCCUUGAAGCAAGUCCUCUCCCAUGGGAGCUCUGAGGGUUUUCAGAGGCUCAGCCCACCCAGAUUUCACCCUCAUUUCCAAACCAGGAAGGGUCUGAUCAUCCUUCAUGAGCCCAUUUAAACCACCUUUCAUUUCGAGAAUCCAAAGGAACGAGCGAGCGAGAAGGGGAUCUAUUCUGCUUUGGGCCGAUCUGUCCCAACAGCUCAAACAAGUGCAAGAUGGUCGUGAGGGUGAAUUCUGGGAGAUUUUUACCUUUCCUCUUUUCCCAGGAUCCCCCUCAUUUCUUAUGGAUUUUCCACAACAGAGAUGGCAACUAUUUUUUUUCUCCCAAGGGAAAGCUCUUGACUUUUCUGAGAAAUGACUCUUUGCACAUUUAUGUUAUCCAAAAAAUAGAUCGCCUUGAAACCCUAACAUAUUGCCUGCGUGUUAGUUAAGUGAAUGCGAAAUAACCAGAAAUCAUUUCCCUCCAGGAGGACAACGAUAUUCCCAGAGCUGCAUUGGAGAUGCCGCCAUUUUUAAUUCCCUUUUGGACAAGAUGCAUUUUUAAGCUUAUAGAUACAGACUUGCUCUGGGAUUUCUUGGUGAAGGGAAUUCCCCAAUGAGAAAACUCCCUCUACUAAGUCAGAUCAACACCGUCUCUGACAUGAAUAGACUUAUCGAGCUUUCUAGAGUCCUGAGACUUGCUCCAGACCACUUAUAGCCAGAAUAUGUUGGAGGCAGGAUUUGAACCCAACUCUACCUGGCUCCAAGCCCAAGAGCUACUCUGCCUUUCUUUAGCAGGGGAGAAGGGGGAAGAACACAGGCUCUAGAGUUAGAGAAUCUGUGUUCUCCAAAACUGCCUCUGAUACUACCUGUGUGACCUUCCCUUCACCUCAAUUUUUUUCCUCUGUAAAAUGGGAGGGUUGAAUUAGCUGGCAUCUGAGUUCAAGUCCAGCUCUUAGGUCUAUGAUCAUUCCUUAAACGAUAAAAGACGAUGAACAAGAAUAUUGACUUUUAAUCUUUAAAAUGACACAGAAAAGUGUUAUUUCAACUAAUUUCAUGUAAAUUAUUACUGAACUUUUUUGGUGAACCAAAAGAUCUUUUCCAAGUAUAAGCAUGAACUCCAGUCGUCCUUAGACUUGUCCCAUUUUAACAAAGCAUUGCUUUGAGUUAGAUCAUUGUGCUGGGGUUAGAUCGGUGUCUUUUCUAGAGACUUCUCCGAGAUUGAAUGGAGGCUGCCAUUAUGGGGUCAGUGUUCAGAGCCAACAAUUUGGGGACCACGUCUAAACACGGCCUCUGUCUGGCAUCCUCAGAGCCCGAGGCUCAACCUUUCCACAUACUGCAGACUCGGUGGCUUCAGGAUCAUGCCCAUCCCUUCAGCUUGGCACGGCCAGGCUUACACUUGAAGCCCGAGUACUUUUGAGGAUCCUGCCCUAUUCCGGUUGGGUUGGAGGAUUCCCAGGGUGGCAGACUCUUGGGCUGUGAUCAACGUGAGCUCUUCCCAGCCUCCCCCAAGGAAUGACUCACGGUCUGACCUUGGGCUCUUUCGGCUUAUUUCUGCUAAAAUGGUCACGUUCUGGCUGACCUGGUUGGCACCUCCUUAGGAAUGACGAAGAACUCUGACCCAAUUCAAGCAGAUCCUCUGUGGAUUUGAACUUAACAGAAAGAAACCUCCCCAGAGACAUUUCUCGAGCUUUUAUUUCAACUUUAGGUACAAAUACGAAGCACACAUAUGCACUGAGAGCAUGACUGUUGAGCAUGUUGACCUGCCUUCUAAGCCUUGGCUUCUCCAGCUCACCCAAGUUCUUUGUUCAAGUCUCUCUCCUCACGGUCAGUCUCUCUCUCUCACCUUGGUCUUCCAUUACUACUCCUGGGGCUCCAGCCAGGCCACUGGAGAGUGAUAGAGUAAGACCUGUGGAUGGUCUUCCCCAAAGCAUCCCUCUAUUGCACUUCCUCAUUGCUAGAAAAUCUUUGGGACACAGUGUAUGCACUAAAGGUAAUAUCAGUGGAUAGAGCACCAGGCUUAGAGAUGGGAGAUCCUAGGUGGAAAUCUGGCUUUAGACACUUCCUAGCUGGGUGACCCUGGGCAAGUCACUAGACUCCCAUUGCUUAGUUCUUAUCGCUCUUCUACUUUAGAACCAGUACACAGUAUUGAUUCUGAGACAGGCGGCAAGGAUUAAAAAAAAGAUAAUUGGAAGAAAAUAGCAGAAAGGAAGAGGGAGACUUUUAGACCCAAUUGCUGCUGAUAAAUGGGCUUUGUCACAUCAAGCCAACUGACUAAAUCAGUCAACAAGCAAUUAUUUAAUGGUUACUAUGUGCCAGAAAAUAACCCACUUCCUUCCCUCAAGGUGCUCUCAUUCUAAUGAGGGAGGCAGCAAGUAUACAGAGUAGGAUGUCCAUCACAGGAGGAAAGUGAACACCAGGAGGUUAGGAGAGAGCAGUAGCAGCUGAGGGGGAUCAGAAGGGCCUUGGGGAGAAUACAAGGUGGUGCUUGAACGAAAUCUUGAAAGACAAUAAGACUGAGGGGUCUAAGGUGAAUACAGCCAAUAUACAAAGACUUGGAGGGGAUGGGAGGUAGAGCAUUUACAGGGAUUCCCUAUUUAUUCCUGGGGAGAUUCCCCUGAUGUUCCUCUUAGCAGAUGCCAUGGCACUGCUUACAUUGAGUCUUGGAACAAGAGAGGAUCUCCUCCCUGAAUACGGCCACUCAAAAGAGAAUCCACACAGGAAAACUCAAGUGGAUGAAAAAUUCACAUAGCUUAAUUUAGGAUAUACAGUUAGAUGACAGUCCAGAAAAUAAUAGGAUGAAGAGGACACCUUGAAUUGCAUUUGGAAAAAUAUGCAGUGUUUCCAGUGAUUCCAAGCCUUUCCUUCCUAUUGGAGCCUAUAAUUUUAGCAUCUAUAGUCUCCCAGCACUGCUCUGCAGCAGCAAAUCAGAGAAUGCCGCCAUCUUGGAAGAAUCAAUCCACAGGUCAAAGGCAUGGUGGGCUCAAAGAGGUUGUAGCACUUGACCAAAGAUGGCCUGGAUGAAAGGAAUGAGGUAAAGGAUAGGAUCUAUGACACAAAUGAUUGUCAAAGGGAUGGGAUGAGUCAAACAACAAUGAAGAGAGACAAUGGAUGGACAGCCUCAAUGUAGCACUCAACUGGGGACUCAGAAAUAUUAGAAGAUUCUGAGGAAGCCUUAGUGUCUAUGAAUAGCUGACUUUGGGGAGACCAUGAAUAGGAAUCCCAGACACUGGGAAGAAUGGUGAUCUGUAUUAGUGGAGGGAGCGAUACAAAUGAGAGCAUGGAAAUAUAUGUGCAUCAACCACCAUUUGGUGAUGAAUAAUUGGAUAAAUAAAUGAGUUAAACAUUUUAUAAAUUUAUGUAGAAUUAGAGCAUAAUGAAAUAAUUUUUUAAAAGAAACCACUUUCUCCUUUCUUUUUCUAUUGUAUGGUUAUGGUGGUUAUGUAAGAUUAUUAUUUUGUGUUAUUAGAAAAAAUAUAUUAUUUUGUCAAGAAGUUCUCCUUUCAGUUGCUGAUUAUAACCUUUUCUGAAAUUCCUUCUUUGUAUAUCUGUUAGUUUCAUUCGAUUUACAACUGUUAUUAUUAUGUUUGUACCCAGCUUUUCUUUUACAACUCUUGAAGUGGUUAUGCCCUAAAAACAAAGCCAGAGCAAUUAUUAUAAUAACAUUUAUAAAUCUCUACUUUUAAAUAUUCAUUAAAUAUUAAAAACCAGCUUAUAAGUAAAAUCAAAGAAUAAUUAAUGUUUUCCAUUUGAAAAUAUUUUUAAAAUACAAUUUUCAAUAUGAUUA